GGCGACGCCGAGGUGGUGCUCGAGGCGGUGAGGCGCAGCGGCACCGCGCUGCAGUGGGCCUCCGACGAGCUCCGCGGGGACCGCGGCGUCGUGCUGCAGGCAGUCGGGCAGAACCCCGGGGCGCUCCGCUUCGCGACCGACGCCGUGCGGGCCGACGAGGAGGUCGUGCUGAAGGCCGUGAAGCGCAGCGGGGCCUCCAUGUGUUUCGCGGCCGAGCACCUGCGGAGGGACCACAAUUUUGUCCUGAAGGCCAUCCGCCAGGACCCGCUCUGCCUGCAGUUCGCCGCGCAGGAGCUGCUCGCCGACGCGCGCCUCAACGAGGAGGCGGCCCUGCGCUCCGGGGGCGCGUCGGUGGAGGUGGCGCCGGCGGCGCUGCGCGGGGACCGCCAGUUCAUGCUGGAGGCCGUGUCGCGCGCCGGCUACGCGGCGCGCUUCGCCGCGGAGCCGCUGCGGGCGGACAGGUCGUUCUGGCUGGAGGCGGUGCGCCGACGCGGCGCCGUGCUGCAGUUCGCGCCCGAGGCGCCGCGCGCGGACCGCGAGGUGGCGUGCGAGGCGCUGCGGCAGGACCCCUCCGCCCUGGCGUUCCUCAGCCCGGACCUCAGGGCGGACGGCGACCUGCUCAACGAGGCGGGGCCGCGGCCCUGACGCCCCGCGCCACGGCCCCGGGUAGCCGCCGCGCUCGCGGCCCUCGCUCGGGGGGCGGAGGGCGCCCCGGGCCCAAGGUUUGACCCAAGGCGUUCCCAGCUGUUCGGUCCGGGCUUCGAAGCAGUGCCCGACCCGAGGGGGCGAGGAUGCGCGCGCGCAGGGCCCCGGCGCAGGCAGCCGGAAGGAGCAGGGCGAGGACGUUUGAGCCCUCGGCAGCUGCGGCGGCGAGUCGGGCGUCGGGCGCUUCCAGGAAGAAAAAA